AUGUCCAAAAGGCUCAACAAGAGGCAGCAGAGGGAGCAGGAAGAGCUUGAACAGCUCAGGGCAGUGGAAAAGGCAGCUGUCCAGCCAGAGGAGGAGGAAGAGGAGGAGGAGAUAGAGGAGGUAUCGGUGGAGGAGGAGCAGGUGGACUCGGCCCAAGCGGUACCAUCAGCUGAACCAGUCAAUGCAUUCGCUGCUGUGAAAGAGGAAGAUAUCGAUGAUGAGCCAGAAGAAGAGGAGGAGACGGCUGCUCCCUCAACCAAGAAGGUGAGCACGCCAACUCCAUCCGGCAAAGCCAAGUCGAAGAAGGGCGGCAAGGCUCAACCGGUGGAUGACGGGAUGGACGAGGUUGACCGUGCUCUCGCUGAGCUCAACAUGAAGGCGGGAUCGAGCUCGAGCGGUAUCGCACCUGCACCAACGGCCGCUGCCACAGCUACCUCAUCGAAAGCUCUGGCUUUCAGGCAGCUGUUGUCGGUGGACCCAAAGAACCUCGAUGCGGACGCCGAGCUGAAGCGAUUCUUCGGCUCGAAAGUGAUCUCCUCAUCUGCUGCCGGCUCGUCCAAAUCACAUCGAGCGACAGCAUCCACCAAGCUCAGAUACACCAUCUCCAAGCCGAAACCCACUUAUCCACCCGCGACGUCUCUGCAGGGCCUGGGGAUGCGGGAGUUGACCGAGCAGGAAGUGGAGGAUGUGUAUGCCUCGAGGCUGGAGGACUGGAGGGAUACGGCCGAGAAGUGGUUCACGUUUGAACACGCGGGUGUAUGGAGGGAGACGACGAGGCAAUUCCUUGGGGCGACCCAGUCUCACGAUCCAAAUCAGCUCAUGGCGUUGCUGCAGGUGUACCCAUGGCAUGUCGAUACACUUUUGCAGAUGUCCGAGGUGUACCGGCUUCAAUCAGAUAUCGGUGCCGCCUCGGAAUACGCCGAGCGCGCCCUUUAUGCUCUCGACCGAUGCCUCAGCCCGGCCUUCAAUGUAUCAUCCGGAGCAUGCCGACUCGACUUUAACGCCGUCGAGAAUCGGCCGAUGUUCCUCGCUACCCACCGUAUCAUCGCCUAUCUCGGUCGGAGAGGAUGCUGGGUCACCGCGUUCAACUUUGCCAAACUACUGUUCAGUCUGGAUCCGAUGAACGACCCUCACGGCGCAGCUUUCUGGCUCGACUUCCUGGCUAUCAAAUCGGGCAAUUAUGAGUGGAUACUCAGCAUGUUCGAGGAGCACUCGGAGCAGAUGCCAGUGGCGGUGUUCCAGGGGUAUCCGGGUAUGGCGUUUGCAUAUGCGCUUGCUUGUCGGGCAAGGGAGGAUGCUCAGAAGAACAAGGACCGGACUGCGAGCGACCAGGCGCUUCGUGAAGCGGUACUGGCUUUCCCACAAGCCAUCAUCCCCAUCGCCAAUAAGAUUGGAGCGUCCAUACCGGACUCGGUGCAUUCCAACUCUCUGACCGAGAUCCAGGCCGGCUACUUCAAAGACGAGACAUGCGCAGUACACCUUCUCUCCCACAUCUAUGCCUCUCGUUCCGAAGCGCUUUGGAAAGAAGCGCCCCUCAUCUCAUGGUUUACCAAAAUCGUCACUUCCUCCCUCCCCGACCUCCAACGCCCCGACGCCAUCGCCUCCCGCCAAGACGUCCUCCGGCUCAUCCAUACCCCUCGCGACCCCUUCGAUGAGCGACAGAGCAUCCCGCUCUUCAUGUGCCGGCACGUCGUCUGCUCCGAAUCUACCAGCUUUGCAGGUUUCUUACCGCCCGUCAUCCGCAAUAUGAGCAUAUCCGCCUUUGACCCCAUUCCCCCGUCGGCAUUAACGUCCAGCUACAAUCACGCCUACUUUGGCAUGGUCCAGGCAUCCUCCCGGCGACGCGGACCUCGAGCAGCUGGGGUGGGUCAGGAAGGCGGUGGAGACAGAGGGAUGAUCGAGGCAUUUAUGGGUCAUGUUUAUACUGCGAUGGAGGCGAAUCCGGCGGGAUGGAGGCAGCAGCUCGCGGAUACGUUGAGGGCGAUGUUGCGUCAGGCUGAACCGGGAGGCGAGGGGCUGGAUGAAGCGCAUGAGCAGGAAUUGCAGAUGAUGCUGCAGUUGGCGGAUCGGGUGGCUGGUCAAGGUGGGGAAGGAGAAGGGGAGGGAGGUAUGCCAGGAGCAUUCCCGGGAGCGCCGGAGUGA